UGACAUGAGCAACCCCGCCGACCCCCACCCAGCCCCUUUGCUGUCAUUUGUGCCGCGACUCGGCAGCACUCCAAAGUGUAACGAAAUGGUCAAAAUUCAAGAUGAAUUGCGUGGAUGGUAGACUUGCAAGCAAGUGCGUAGAAUGUGUGUACGAAGAGCUACGUCAGACCCGAGGACUCAGCGAUGCACUGAUAGUAGUCGACCAUGUGGAGUUUCACGUCCACAAGAUCAUCAUGUGCAAUUGCAGCCCGUACUUUGGGUGAGUGCAAAGUCAAAGAUCCCAAGUCAAAGUCCUCAUUUGAAGAGUUUCACAGCUGGGAAAAAAACCCAACUCUUGUCACUGUGAUGUGAUGCUUCAAAGUUCAGACCCAGUGGUUCUCAAACUGGGGUCCGGGGACCAAGAUAGUAAAGCAAUUAGUUGUUCCAAAUGAAAAUUUGUCACAAUUGGUCAACUUUCAUUCCUUUGGCAUUCAGGGGUAGACGUGGUCCUCACAGGUUUUGGGAUUAUAAGGGAGCGCCAGGAAAAAUGUUUCUCAAGGCCUCAAGUUUGAGAACCCUGGUCAUGGUCCAAUUGUCCAUUUUAUGAAACGUUGAAAUCUUUUCUCUGUGUUCCCGAUGUUCAGGGCCCUCUUUCUACGUUGGUCCACCCCAGACCAGAAGGUUUAUGCCCUACAAGGUCUUACAGCUCACUUAAUGAAUCUCUUUAUUGAUUUUGCAUACACGGGCUGCGUGUCGGUGACAGAGGACAAUGUCAAGGACUUGUUAAUAGCCGCCGACAAGUUCAACGUCAUAGGUGUGGUAGAAAUCUGCUGCCAGUUUCUAACGGAGCAGCUGUGUCCAGAGAACUGCAUCGGCAUCUGGCAGUUCACCAGGAACUGUCACACCCCGCAGCUGCAGACCAAUGCCUACCAAUAUAUUUUAUACCACUUUGAGGAGGUGGCUACCACAGACGAGUUGCAGCAACUCUCAAUGCAGGAUUUGAGCGAUAUGCUCGACAGAGAUGACCUGAUCGUGAAAAAGGAGAACAUCGUUUACGAGGCCAUCUUACACUGGAUUGCUCAAGAGCCUUGGGAGCGGAGCAGAAACAUGCCGAUGCUCCUGGCCAAGGUCCGUCUCGCACUGACCAGUCAGGAGUACAUCACCAUCAACGUGCUGACUAACCAACUGGUGCAGAACAGCCGUGAAUGCCUGGAAAUGGUCCACUUCGCGUCACGUGUGAUUAGUCACAUGGCGAGUAGCUCCGUGUCCGCUUACUGCAACUUGGUGGCCCGUCCUCGCCUGCCUUCUGCUAUUCUGCUAGCCAUCGGGGGCUGGAGCGGCCCGAGCGCCACAGAGUGCAUCGAGGUCUAUGACGUCCACGCCAACUGUUGGGACUACCUCUUUGACAAUAUGGACCAACCCCGAGCGUACUGCGGCGCCAUCUUUCUCAAUGACGCCAUCUACUGCCUUGGCGGCUUUGACGGCAGGGAACACUACAACACCGUCAGCCGCUUUGACCUGAAAACGCGCACCUGGGAAGAAGUGGCACCCAUGCACUCGCGCCGAUGCUACGUGAGCGUCACCGUGCUAAACGGGUGCAUCUUUGCGUUAGGGGGUUAUGACGGACAUGUAAGACUUAAGACAGCCGAGUACUACAGGCCCGAAACCAACCAGUGGACCCUUGUUACCAGUAUGCACGAACAGAGGAGCGAUGCCAGCUGCACCACACUUAAUGACAAGAUUUACAUUUGCGGCGGCUUUAACGGAAACGAACCCUUGCAAACGGCAGAAUAUUACAGUCCAGAGACCAACGAGUGGACAGCAAUGGCUCCAAUGAGCAGCCGUCGCAGUGGUGUUGGAGUCAUUGGCUUUGCUGACCAUGUUUACGCAGUUGGAGGCUACGAUGGUGAAGUCCGUCUGACCAGCGCAGAGGCCUACAACCCUCGAACUAACAACUGGAUCGUGUUGCCCCCUAUGCAAUGCCCCCGAAGCAACUUUGGCAUCGAAGUAGUGGAGGACUGUCUCAUUGUUGCCGGGGGUUACAAUGGCGUCUCCACCACCAGCCACGUGGAAUACUACGACCUGACGACGGGUCUCUGGUCUCCAGCAAGCGACAUGCGUAUUUCCCGUAGCGGUCUCACUUGUUGCGUGAUGACUGGACUCUGCAACAUGACCCAAUGUGCUAUCAUUCGAAACGAUCUACCGUUGAUCUUCCUGGAAGACGAUAUGACACAAAUGGACGAUGACGUUUAAACAGAACACAUGUCCACUGCCCUGAGAAGUCAACUGAAAAGGUUUUCACAACCAAGAGGAAACAAUUAAAUAAAAGAGAAAAAAAGCCAUUACUACAAAAGAUGCAGAUUUUUUUUUUUUUUUAUUAUUUUUCUCAGACAAGAAGAAUUUAGAUCUAUUUCAUCUAGGGGUCUGUAAAAUAUUUCCAAUCAAUUUUUUCCUCACCUCUUAACUAAGGAAUUUAAGCCAAAACUUGGUGACAACCAUUCGUGCUUCGUGGGGUGGAGGGACAAAUAAAGUGAGACAAGGAAAUAUCUUAACUGUUGGGUGCAGUUCUAAGCAAUCGUCAUUGCAUAAACUGAUCUGCAAACCAUCUUUGUUUGAAAUUGUAUUGAAAAUAAAUCUUAACUCAACUUUUA